CUCCAUCCACAUCGACCUACACGCUCUCCCAGCAACCACACGCACGACGCACCAGCAGCCUUCGCCUAGCUAUGAGCCGCAGUUCAAAAGUAGCCCCGGAGGUAAAUCGAGCGCUCUUCGUCAAGAACCUCUCCUACAACGUCUCCACCGAGGAGCUCUUUGACCUGUUUGGAAAGUUUGGUCCCAUUCGCCAGAUUCGCCAAGGCAUCGCAACCAACACCAAAGGCACCGCGUUCGUCGUCUACGAGGAUGUGCUCGAUGCAAAAUCCGCCUGCGACAAAUUGAACGGCUUCAACUUCCAGAACCGCUACCUCGUGGUGCUGUACCACCAAAUCGACAAAAUGGCCAAGAGUCAGCAAGAUAUGGCACAGCGCACGGAGAACCUAGAAGCGCUCAAGCGCCAACACGGCAUCUCGUAGGGGUACGCGGGGAAUGUAGCAGGUGAUACCGACAGCGCUGUGGUGGAAGUGGAGGAUUGGCUCGCGACUGGCAACCGAAGGCCGUCCAACAACUCCACCAGCACCAAGCGCAAGGACUCCGGUAUGAGCGGUAUUUCCACUCAGUCCAUCCCGGAGGCUACAGUCCCCAUGGCAAAAGAUUUCGCGCAGGUUUUGAAAUAUGAGCAGCAUGAUACCAAGACGGAAAGGAAGAGCUCGGGCUCAAGCAGCCUUACCAAGGAUG